AUGUCAUUUCAAAAUAAAGUGAUAUUCAAUUUUAAUUUUGCGCCUCUAUUUAAUCGUUGGAAAAUAUUAAUAUUGCGACAAAAAGAAGUAAAGUAUAAUUUUGAUUUUGCCGUACAACUCAAUCGUUGGAGCAUGCAAUUAUGUGGAAUGUGGCCGAUUGAAGAUCGUUUUUCAAAAUUACGAUUCUAUAUUGUGUUGAUAUUUCUUUUAUGCUUAAAUAUACCAGCAACGAUACAAUGUUUUCUUGUGAAUGAUUUGUUUAAAGAAGUUGAAACUAUUUUCGUAACAAUCAAUCUCGUAUUCGUAUUUAUUAAAGCACUGUUCAUUGGAAUUUCGAAACAAAAACUCACACCUCUUAUACAAGAUAUGAUUGUAAAUUGGAAUGACACUACAUUGUCAAAAGAAUCAAAAAAUGUAAUGAUAUAUAAUUUAAAACGUGCGAGAUUUAUUAAUACUUUAUAUUUGACAUUAAUGUACGGUGCUUUCAUUCUAUUUAUAAUAAGGCCAUUAAUAAGAUGUGGAGAUGAAUUUUCACAAAAAUGUUUACCAUGUCCAGCGUAUUAUCCUUUUGAUAUUCAAAAAUCACCCAACUACGAACUGGCUUAUUUGACGCACAUAUUUCUCAUGGGCUGUGCAGUUACUGUAACAUUGAGCGUUAAUAUUUUUUUAACUGUUGUAGUUUUUCAUUUGUGUGGACAAAUACAAAUAUUGGCAUUGAAUAUUAAAGACAUCGUGAAUCCAAGAAACAUUUCUGAUGACAAAUCAAUUAAUCCUAAAGAGUGUAAAUUCUUAUGCAACUUUGUUAAACAUCAUCUAAAAUUAAUAAGGCUUUGCAGUUCUUGUGAAUAG